CACUUGUUUUAAACAACGAGGAGCGACAGUUGAAUUUUCUCACAAUAUUAUCUCUACCGUUAUGAGUCAUGGUGCCCCAGAUUCUAACCGAAGUCUAGAUCAGCAAUUUGCUGGCCUAGACUUGAACGCCGGAGAUCCGCAAAGCCGGACCCCUGGCACACAAAAGUCACCACAAAACACUUACAUCCCUCCUCAUCUCCGUGGAGGAGGUGGAAGCAAUCAACGUUCAGCAGAUUCUUUUCAGGAAAAUUAUCAUGGUGGUAGAGGUGGAAACCGAGGCUAUUCCCGUUCAUCCAGCUAUGAACGUGGUGGCGGCUAUGGUGGCAAUAGUUAUGGUGGUUAUAGUGGUGGUGGUUACGGAGGUGGCUACUCUGGCAACCAUUACAACAACUUUGGUAGUGGUGGAAAUAGAAACAGUUAUGGUGGCGGGUAUGGUCGACGUGGUGGUGGUGGGGGUGGCUUCAAAGACAGGAACUAUGACUCCCCCAAAGAUUCUUGGACGUCUCUUCCCCCCGCAGAAGAGUGGGGAAAGUUAUUGCCGAGGAAUGACCGAUUGGAAAGAGAGCUGUUUGCGGCAUCCAACACCGGCAUCAACUUCGAUAAAUAUGAGGAUAUCCCAGUAGAAGCGACCGGUGACAAAUGCCCUGCUCAUAUUGAUAACUUUGGUGAUUGUGCAGAUCUUGGGGAAGUUAUCACGCACAACAUUGGUUUGUGCCAUUAUUCCAAACCAACUCCGGUGCAGAAGCAUGCUAUCCCGAUCAUCAAGAAUUCGCGUGAUCUUAUGGCCUGUGCCCAGACAGGCUCUGGCAAGACUGCCGCGUUUCUUAUUCCAAUUCUGAGUAGAAUAUUUGAAGAAGGACCGCCAGCUCCACCAGACAUGAAACAUCUUGGCCGAAGAAAGCAGUUCCCUAUCGGUCUUAUUCUUGCUCCCACUCGCGAGCUUGCCAUUCAGAUCCUGGAUGAAGCUAAAAAGUUUGCCUACCGGUCUCACGUACGGCCAUCAGUAGUGUAUGGCGGUGCAGACGUUGGCCAGCAGAUGCGUGACUUGGACCGUGGCUGUCACCUACUCGUUGCCACUCCUGGUCGUCUUGUGGACAUGUUGGAUCGCGGCAAAAUCGGUCUCGAUGUCUGCAAAUUUCUAGUGUUGGACGAGGCUGAUCGAAUGCUGGACAUGGGUUUCGAGCCACAGAUUCGACGAAUUGUGGAGCAAGAUACGAUGCCAAAGACUGGUGAUCGACAAACGCUCAUGUUCAGUGCAACCUUCCCGAAGGAAAUACAGAUACUUGCUCGCGAUUUCUUAAGCAACUACAUUUUCCUGGCCGUCGGACGCGUUGGCUCCACCAGUGAAAAUAUCACACAAAAGAUUGUCUGGGUUGAUGAUGUCGACAAGAGAUCAUUCCUUUUGGAUUUACUCAAUGCUUCAGGUCCAGAGUCUUUGACUUUGGUCUUUGUGGAAACCAAGAAAGGAGCAGACGCCUUGGAAGAUUUCUUGUACCGGGAAAAGUAUCCCGCAACUUCCAUUCACGGCGAUCGCUCCCAAAGAGAACGCGAGGAUUCGUUGCAUUCGUUCCGUAGUGGCAGAACCCCAAUCCUCGUGGCAACUGCGGUCGCUGCUCGUGGUUUGGAUAUACCACAUGUGAAGCACGUGAUCAACUUUGACAUGCCCAGUGAUAUUGAAGAGUAUGUCCAUCGUAUUGGUCGUACUGGUCGUGUGGGUAACACAGGUUUGGCGACCUCAUUCUUCAAUGAUCGCAACAGGAACAUCAGCAAAGUUCUUGUGCAGAUAUUGACUGAAGCAAAACAAGAAGUGCCCACUUGGUUGGAAUCGAUUGCAGGAGAGUAUCACAGCGGCGGCUCUCGCAACAAGAACUACCGACGCACCGGUAACAGCGCAUUCGGUUCGCGUGAUUAUCGUCAACAAGCCAACCGCGGCGGUGGUGGUGGCGGCGGUUACAUGCAGGGCAACCCUGGUUAUGGGCAAGGCUAUGGUCAAGGUUAUGGUGCCGGAAACUAUGGCGGCGGUGCGCCUUACGGAGGUGGCGGAAACUAUGGUGGCUAUGGAGGUUAUGGUGGCUAUGCUCCACGUGGUAAUCCUGGCAACAUGGGCGGUCGCUCGAACGACUGGUGGAAUUGAUAACAAGUAUUUCAGUGUCACGUUUCAUCUUUAACAUUUAUUAUUCAGUUUAACUUGGGUUAAUGUGUUCAGUUAUACGUUUGAAUCUUGAUAACGUGGACAUUGCAGUUUUCGAAGGACUUCUUCUUGCUCUUGUUUGAAAAAAAAACUUAAAUAACAGUGGCGAAAAUGUGAAAUGGAUCGUUCUGAAGUCUCCGGAAUAAAAAUCUCUUGGAAAUACGUUUGGUAUUUACGGAACUUAUAGUUGAACGGUGGCGGUGGCAAAACCAAAGAUACAAGUGGAGAGACGUGAUGGCAGUUCGUCUUUUGAAAUGUUGAUCGAGAUAAUCCAGUGAUUAGCUGUUUGCCCUUUGUUAAAAGAAGAACAAGUAAGUUUGAUAGAAGAUCAACGUUUGCAUUGCGACGAAGGCAGAUACGGCAGGAAUGAAAGAAGUUUAGGAAAAUUACAAAAAAGAACUAUGAAAUUGCCGUUUCGAUGCAUAUAUCUGCUUGAAAUUGCCUAUGAAAUUGCCGUUUUCCACUCAUGUCAUAUCCGACGCGUGCAUUUGAGGUUUUUGUUCUGUUUAGUAUAUUUUAUUUCAUAGUACAUAUUAAUUAAGUGGACAGUUGUGAGUUUACAUUAAAAUGCUACAUUGUUAAUUCUUUUCCCUGCACUGAAUCAUCUACCGAUAAUUGAAUCGGCCUAGUGACAACAAUCCUAUCUUGCGAGCUUUCGGAGAUUACGCACAUUAGGACAAGGAAGACAUACACUUUCGUAAUGUUUGAAACAUUUUCACAGCAGUGACAACUCGACAAUUUAGUUCAAUUUAAAAUUUUCAAAUUUAUUUGACCAUCGUAUUACCAAAAGGAUUGUUUUCAUCGAGAAAUGAGACCCUUCGGGGGUAUUAAAACAUUUGUUAAAAUGAUGAUUCAAAUAUAUAGAGAAAUAUUUACGAUCAUAAAUAUUUGUGGAUUUAUUAGCAAUUUUCAUUGCUUUAAAUGAAGCAUUCAUAAAAUGUUCCAAACAUUACUAAUCCCAUGCAAGUAUUCCAUAAAUUUGAUCGUAAUUGUUGUGAACAAGGAACUACAUAUGUCUUAAUAUUCUGAAAUCAAACAUUCUAUUACAUCAGCCACCAUGACAUAUACUCACGGCAAUUAGUUCAAACUGAAACUCAAAACACAUAAUUACAAUAUGUGCGAACGGCAUCUGCACAUAUUUGCUAGUAUAUAGUUCAAAAUUUUUCCAACUUUCCACAUCAAAUAUUUUGUCCAUUAUACCUUCACGUACGUGAAAUAUUUCUUCAUGCAUGCUCAAUAUAUUUCGUUGCUCGAUUCCGCUGUAUGGAUGCUUUGUUGACAUUUCAACUUGGCCACCCGCCUUGCUUAUUUCUGCGUCACGAAUUUGGGAAAUAAAACGCGGUCAAUAGCAAGGCUUUGUGAAUUCCCAGAAGCGGUUUCCAUGAUGGCCGACACAUGUCGAGUCACUCGAGCGGCUUUUUUUGUAUCAAUGCACAUGUGUGCAAUUAUUUUAUAUAUCGUAGAACCUAUCAUAUAAAUAUUCGAUGUUUAACUUAUGCAAGAUUGGUGUAAGCAUUUUAGAAGCUCUUUUCCGCCAGUCACACCAAAACCAACUCGCUGCAAGCGCCCCAGAGUGAAAAAAAACUUAUUAUUUUCCUCACUUCUUCGAUAUAGUAAACCAGGUGAUAUAAAAUGGCGGGAAAGGACUGGAACUAGUUGUCCAUUUCUCGGUUGAAGCAAACUUAAUGUCUCUUGAAAUAUGCUUUAUUUCGUUUUCAAAUAUACGACAGUGCUAUAUAGCUGAUAACUAAACAUAAUCACGAAAUUUCUGUUUCAUAAAGAAUGACAAAAGCUGUAAUUGAUCAAAUACAGCAGAAUGGUUUCUAUUCCGACACACUAGCGCUUUUUGGCUAAAGCAUGUGCACGAGAUCACCUGGAUGUCGAAAUCAACCCAGACCUAAUCCGUUUAAAGAUUUCAUUACCGGCUGCAUGCAGUAACUGCAUGCUCGCAGCGCACCAGCGAGUUCAUUGGUACCGCAAGUGAAAAAGAGAUUAGGUAUAUAGAACGGCUGCAUUGCUCAGCACCGAUUUAUAUAGAUAUAUACAUAGGGAUGCUGUAUAGAACUAUAAAUAUUCCUAAGGUUUUGUACAGAUAGGUAGAAAUAUUCCAAGGUAAUUUAAUUCUGUAGGCUAUAAAUUUGAAUCGAGCGUUUGCUCAUUGCAAGAGAAUGAGGCUCGAAAUAUUUAUUAUAUGUGAACGCUAUGUAUGUAUAUAAGAGAUGCGCAUACGCUACUUUGAAAUAGAAGAGGACGAUCGGGUACUCUCUUCUGUUUUACAAAACUACACAAACCUCUGCCAGGCGAAGACGAGAGUUGAUAUAUAAGAGCACACGUCAUGUAAGUUGCACCCCCCCACUAAACCUGCGUUCCGUCCGUAACUAUUAAAAAAUACGCUCUAGGAAUAUUUCUAUCAAACUUAAUAUUGAGAUAUAUCUGAAAGUGCAAAUGUUAAACGUUGAUACGCCGUAAAAGCGGACAAAAUAUCCUUAAAUGUCUACCCGUUAAUCUGGCAUAUAAUAUAUAACACUUAAUAUAUUGUUCACAGCCGAAAUAUUUUUCAGCAAACGAGUGCUAGUUGUCCAACUAUAAAGAUCCACUCGUUAACUAUGUGACCAUCAACUUUGCAUUUGUUCAGAUUUAUAGUGAGAAUUAAGCAACACUGCACCUUUGAUCACCAUGCAUGAUGACCCUUGCUUAAAACUCGAACAUCCUCUUGUAAACUCAGAUCUCGCCUUCGUUUGCGCAGGGGCGUACUAAUAUUACCUUGAAUUAGGUUUGAUAUCUUGCAUGUAAAUGUGCCAGUUUGAAGUUUUGAUUCUCUUCACUCAUGCGUUUUUUGUUUGAAUUUUAUUUCAUUUACUCAGAACCUGCUCCUUCCGUUUUUGUCCACCUUUGGGUGGAUGUGUGCAGAAUCUUUAUUUCAAACUGGCUUAUUUUUAGACGGAUUUUAUUGAAGUCCGUCAUUAUCGAGUAUUUCUGUAAAUUGAUAGUUUAAUAUUAAGUUUUGCUUGUUAUAAAUUUAACGAAAUCUACGUAAUAUAAAGCAAGAAGUCCUUUAGUUAUCAAGAACAUUUGAAAAUGUCUUUGUUAAAAUAGCCUAUAGGCGAAAGAAAUUAAAAAUAAAAAUUAAG